GCGGAGGGAUACACUUACACGCUGUCUGACAGGCCUCUCCCAUGCACGAAAGUGAUCCUCAUUAGUGAAUUUUAGUCCAGAAAACCUUAUCACUUUAAAUAAACACAAUGUCGUGGCAAACAUACAUAGACGAACAACUUAUGGGCUCUGGGCUUGUAGAGAAAGCAAUAAUUGCUGGACACGAUGGCACAUUAUGGGCCAAAAGUGAAAAUAUUUCCCCAUCACAAGAAGAGUUAUCUAAGCUGUCAUCAAGUUUUCCGGACCAAGCCCAGCUGGCCAUGACAGGGGUGGUGAUUGGUGGUGAGAAGUACUUCUACCUCUCCGGCACUGAUAGGGUGAUCCGCUGCAAGAAGGGCAAGUCAGGCGUGCACGCCAUGAAGACGCUGCAGGCUGUGCUGGUGGCCGUGUUCCGUGAGCCUGUCCAGCACCCUCAGGUGGCGGCUAUAGUCGAGAGUCUGGGGGAGUAUCUCAUCAACAUGAGCUACUAGUGCUGCUAGGGAGCAUGUGAGAGGGCUAGGUUUUGUACUACUUCCCUUACCACCAAACUACCGCGGCAGCUACAGCAGCUUCAACAACAGAUGCUUCAACUACAGCACCACCACCAACAGCAUCACCAACAGCACCUCUAACAGCAGAUACUUCAACAACAGUUUCACGUCAGCUAUAGUUGCAAGCAAGCAUUGAUUCAACAGAACUCAACAGCUUCAAUAGAACGGUCGCCACUCAAUUAACAACAGACAUCAGCAAGCACAACAUGAGUAGCAACAGCAGCUGUUACAUCAUCAACCGGUGCAGCUACACGAUCAGCUAUAAUUUAGUCAAUAAUAUCAAUUAUGAUAACUUCUAAUUUUCUCGCCAUUUAGGUAUGCCAAUAGCGCUCUAACAUUUUUUUAUUGUAUGCGAGAUUAUAAUCAUUUAAUUUUUUUCUGAGAUUUUGAUGAAUUAAUUAAAAUAAGAAAUCGGCAAUCAAGUUUUUGGUUGAACUUGUGUUGCGGUUCUCGAAUCUCAGUUUUGAAAUAAUAUAAUGAUAUUUAUGCUUUAGCUACUAUCUUAAUUUCUAGAACAUGUAUGGAAGUUGAAAAAUAAGUGAAAAUUUUUGAAAGAAAUGUUCCUUUCAACUUGGAAACGUCAUUGUGAGCAAAAUAACAUUAAUGUAAAAAUAUUAGUAGAAUCUCUUUGUGAAGAAUCUCUUCAAUAUUGUGAAGCUGUCGUGUAAACAAAGGAAAAGUUCAAUUUAAAAACAAUGUGGAGAUGUCAUCACACUGCCCUACACUCAGAGCAAUGAUUGAGGCUUUGUCCUAAGCGCGAUGCACGGGUAAUCUUGACCCAUUUUAGCCUGGCAAAUUGUGUAUCAGUGCUACCCAUGUUCCCUGCUCAAGCUGUGGGCUAAAGAGUGUCAAUAUUUGGACAAUGUCGUGUUCAUUGUCUUGAGUGAUGGUGUUAGUGCAGGAUUGUGACGCUUGUAACGCUUCUCGCUUCAGUUGCUGUCUUGGAUUGCGUUAAGUGUCAGACAGGCUCCCAAAAUUCAUCGUGUUUAUGCUUAUUGAUGCUCUUCAAAAAUUGCUUUGUACGGUUUGGUCUGUAGGAACUGACCUGCAUGGCGAUGAUCUCGGUUGCAAUCAUUGGUGACAUCUUGUUUCUCAUCACUGAAAAUGAUUUUCUUUGCUGUGUAAUAUCAUGGUAAAAUUUCUGUACAUUUUUUUUUCUUUGAAUUGUCAGUUUUUGAUUGGGUGAAUUUCUACUUUUUUCACAAUAUUCCUGAAAUUUAUUAUUAUUUUUCAACUUUUUAUGUCGUUGAGGUCAAUGUAUUCAAUCCCUACAAAAUCUCACGGAAUUUGCCAUGAUUUUUUUAGAGCAGAAAGUGUUCUGUCGUAUCCUGCAGAAAAAUAAAUUAUUUUACUUCAGACCAAUUCUAAAAAUAUGUUGUCUCACUGCCUAUGUAACAUCCUCGGCAGUUUCUUCUCAACUCGCGGUGGACUCGUCUAAAAAAUUUUGUUUAUGCUUGACUGAUGCGUAGGAAAUUCUGUGUUCCAGAUAUGUUAUGCAUUGAUACAUGUGUUUGUAUUCUUUGAAUGAACACUUAUUCAGCUAUUAACAGUUUUUCUUCAUGUGUAAUUUUGAUACGAUGCACUCUUGGGACAAAAGGAUCAUUCAUUUUUGAACUCAUCUGCUUCCUUGAGAUUAAAUUCGAUUUAAUUUCAUUUUAGUUUCUAACAGCAAUUCUCCCCCACUUUUUCUCAAAUGUUUAAACCUCU